AUGGAUGGGCUUAAUCCCAUUUCAGAUGAUGUGGAAUUCGCUGCUUUUAUAUUUGAUGCUUAUGGAACAGAUGGUGUAAUUUCUGUUUAUAUCGAUCAUGUUGGAGUGGGAGUAGAUGGGUGGUUUGAUGAUGAUCAUGAGUCUUCUAUUGAUGGUGAAAAUGAGGAUAAUAUAGAUGAACAUAGGAAUGGGAAUGUAGAAUUUAAUGAGGAUGCAUUUAUUAUGAAUAGGACAUCAAAUGAUCCUUUCCUGAGUAAGUUAUGUGUUGAUGAGGGUGAGGAUAACAACAUUGUAGAUGAUGAUGAACCACCCAUGCAUGCAAUUUUUAAUGAGUUGGCUAGUACAAGUGAACCUCAACAACAUGAUGAGGUUGAAUUGACUUUAAUUCAUGUGGAUACUACUCAAAAUGAUUUCCAUGCUACUCAUAAUGAUUCUGAAUCUAGUAGUGCAGGGGGUUGUGGUCAAUAUAUGCAAGUGACUCCUCCUAGAAGUUAUGAAGCUGGAGAUUUUGUUGGUGAGGAUGUUGAGGUUGAAAAUAUUGAAGGUGGUCAGGGUGAAGCUAAUGGUGUGGUUGAAGAUGAUGGUCAGGGUAUAGUUAAUGUUGUGGUUGAGGAAGCUGUUGAGAUUCCUAAUGUGCAAGUGCAGCAGGUUAGACCAAUUUCAGAUAUUUUGAAGAGGAUAAGGAGAAGAAAGUCUGAGAGAAUAUUGAAGAUCAAAUUAAGAAAGACAGUUGGUGGUGUUGAUGAUCCAGGAAAUUCCAAGGGAAAAGCUCUUAUAAUUGAUUAG